AUGCAAUUUGAAUUUGCUUACGAAAACUUAUUUUUCGAAAACUUAUUACGAAAACUUAUUUUUCGUCGAAAUGAAACUCUUCCAAGUGCAGGAAAGCUUUGCUUAUGGCAGUUCUCUUGGAUUAUACCUUAUUUACUGCUAACGAAUUAUCUGGAACGAAAUCUGUUCCCAUUGCGCUUAUUAUGUUACACGCAACGUGAAUUACUUAAUGUGCCGCACGGUGAAAAGAUUGAUUUGAGCUCAUGUCGGCAAGAAUUUUUUCUAUCAUCAGGACAGAAAUUUAAUGAGAGAAACAAAUGCUUAUAUGAGGAACCUUUUCGAGUUCUUGUCACUCCAAGGAUUUCACGUGAUGUAGAGAGAGUGAGCGUGGUCCGCAGUGCACCAUCGGCGCAUGAAUAUCGUAAUUAUAUUCGAGAAACGUGGAAAUCCGAUAUGGAACCAGAUAUUCCUGUUAUUUUUGUCCUUGGUACUGAUGGCUAUAAUCCGAAAGAAGAAGGCGCAAUUCAUCAGGACAUCAUGCAGUUCGAUUUCGUCGAUUCAUAUUUAAAUCUUACACUUAAAGUAACUUUAGCAUACAAGUAUUUUUUCGAAAACUUUCCUCAUUUAGAAGAAAUUGUUAUGAUUAAUGACGACACUAUCGUAAACGCUACGGCUAUAAGAAAGAUAAAUCGUAUGAAAGGCGCAUCAUUAUACGGGAAAGUAUCACGCGGCUAUCCGAGAUUAUUUCUGAGUUCGCUAAUAUGGUAUAUACCAUAUGAAAUGUAUCCGAAGUUGUGUUAUCCUCCAUUCGUACAGGGUUCAGGCUUUAUUGUAACACGUAAGGCAGCGCAGCGUAUAGUGGAUGGCAUUUGUUCAUUUCCACGAUUUAAUCUCGAUGACGUCUUUAUGGGUAUUCUGGCCAGAUGUCUGAGUAUCAAUAUGAAACAUUCGAAUGGCUUUGACGAAUAUGAUUCUAAUAAUGGUUUUAUCAUUUUUCAUUACCAGUGGUCACGGUAUUCGGUAGCACAGUUGAAUUUUUUGUAUCAAAAGACACUUCGGGAUUCCUAG